CCCCCUCCGCGCGCCAUGGUUUGAUGCAACAACAUUCGUCGCAACGCUCGCCUCGGUGAUGGAAAGCUCAUCGUUGAUCUUCCGUGGUGGAAGUCGUUCGCACCGGAGCACCUUCGUAACAACUUUAUUCGUCGUCGCCCUGGUGGUGGGCGCCGUGGCCGUUACCGGAUUCGUCCUCUUCGCGGUCUUCGGAGGCUGGAACACCGGCGUCAAUCCCGGGCGGCGCAGUACAGCCCCUCCGCUACUUGGCAGAGGAGGGAAUGUGGCUGCCGCCUCCUCAAGAAGCAAAGGCCCAUACACUCCGCGAUGGUAUUCCGUACUUAUAUCCAAUGCAAACAGCACGUCAGCGGAGGGAAAUGCCCUGGUCACCUUUAUCGACACACCGGUUAACGACUCCUCGUCGCCACUUGAUGGGGCAGAAGGCGACGUCUUACAGCCCGUGCCGCCGGCUGUUGAUGAACCCAGGUCGACAUUGAGUGAACCGACGUACCCGUCCCGAGGAAGCCGCCCGGACAGCGCCGAGACAGGUGUAACGCCGCUUGCAGAACCCAGACACGACGAGGAAGAAGUGUCUGAGGUUCCCCCAGCUGGGAAGAGUAAAGAGGAGGCCGACAUGAGUCAAACGGCAAUGGGAGAUGCUCCGCCUUCCACAGAAAGCCAGGAUGCGGAGAAAUUGAAGCAAGACGAUCUUAUCUCAGAACUUAACGACGUAUUCGUGUCACGAGAGCCCGGCGGCAGCGUUCAAGAUGACGAUGAUUCUCGCACGCGCUCGCGGGCGUCUUUAAACGAGACCGCCGAAGAAGAAGACUCGGACGAGUCGGGGGAGGACGAGUUCGCCGGUGAGACUGACGCCGUGGGGACCGACUUUCGCGACGCGACGAGUGACUCGUCGUCGCGCACAGAAGGCGCCACUGAAGAAGAAUCGCUUGCCCCGACGCGCGUCGUCUCGGAGCAAGGCACCAAUUACGAUCCCGCCGAUACUGAGGACGAAGAUCAAGGUCGCGACGAAGCUGGAACCCAAGAUACGGCCGCGAUCACUCGUGGAGAGGGCGACGACCUUCAAGAAGAAGACUUGGAGUACGAUACCGACGCUACAGCUCCGGGAACGUACCCCCACACUACACCCGACGCCGUGUAUUCACCAAAGGAAGAUCAGAGCAAGCCAGAGACGCCGAUCACCGACGGUGUGUCGAAGCGCGGCCCCGAAUACGUAUCACCCGAUUUCCAUGGGGGCGGUCAAAGUCGCGAUGAGCCUGCUGAUGGCGACGGUGGGGACGUUGUAAUGGCUGAAAGAGACGAGGGGGUGGAAGAAGAGCCGGAUCUUUUUAUCACAGAUGGAACAAUUACAGCGCUUCCGCGGGUGGAAGGUGCCGGUGAACGACAAUCAACGCACCAAAACGAAUACAUAACGGAACCAGGCAUCGCUCAUUUGCCUGCGGAGAUCGAAAGUGGAGCUCCUGAUCGCCGUGAGCCGAUCUUUCGCGACGAGGGGAAUACAGGAUCAGUACAAGUUCCCACAUACAAACCAGACGACGUCACACAGAGUGUGUCACAGGAUGUCGCCACCUAUGGGGGGAACCAAAUUACCGGAUCCUACGUCACACCAAUGGAUGUGUCUAUAUACGCACAAGGCGGCGGUGAAGCGCAGCCGUACAGGAACGACGCAGAUUUGAAAGAGGAAAGCAGUUCCACGACAACUGCGCUGGAGAUUACGUACGGUACCGUUGGAGACGCCGAUAUUUCUUCUAUAAUCGACGAAGAAGACACGGAACUACCAAAUAUGUCAACCCAGAAUAAGAUGUUUAGUGUCACACCAGCAAUCUUCACCAGCAAAGAUAGUCUUCAGGAGGCCGAAUUCCUGAACAAGGGAAGUGAAUCACUUUCGCAGACUCCGGGAACCAGCGAAGCAGGGCUGCACCACUCUUACGAGGCAUCAGAAGGAAACUGGGACGACGGACUACUUGAUCCUGGGAGUACCGUUCGAGUUGGCGACGAAGAUGGCAUCAGGGACGGUACAGACGGGAAAAUAGCACCAAUCACGAGAGAUAAAAGCAACGAUGGAUCGGAGGCACAAGUAUCCGGCACCAGGACAACUGUCCAAGAGGACGAUUUCGAUAAGAUUGCCAGGGAGGCGUAUUCUUUCAUCGAAGACACAAGUGAAGCAGAAUUGCCCAGGAGUAAUCCCACGACAGAGCGAAAUUCCGACGAAGCACCGGCAAGGAACCUCGGGAUUGAUCUCGAUGACGGGACGACUUAUAUACGCAGCGAGUGGGACUGGUCUGAAAUAGGCUCUGUCGUUCCUGAGAAACGCAGGGAGCUUCAGAUGUCCGUGCCAGCAAAUCGAGCACGCACGCGCAGCUCCUACGCUGCGAACCGCACCGUGGCUCGGCCGCCUAAUCUCUCACCCACGGCCCCCGUACCAGUGAUAUCCAAGGUACGCCCACGCGCAAGUCGUCCAAAGACGAGGAACGCGACGGCGCCUGCAAAAACGUCAACACCAACACGAUCUAACGGCCACCGGACGCAACGGCACAGUUUAGGCAAAUACAAUGGUUUGGUGGUCACGCCAUGGCACCCAGUGAAUUCCCAGGUGGCCCACAGAAAUGCGUCUUUGGAAGGGCCCGUUGGUUCGAUGGGAAGCAACGCGUCAACGGCGACCAUAGGUCAGGCUAGUAGUGGAUACGAAACGACCGGGCAUGUGACCAUUAGCUGGGCUAGUCCUGAUGAUGGACGCCGUCCAAGGAGCUACAGAAGUGAAGCUACUUUUAUGACGAAACAGAGUGCGCGUGUCACGCUUGAAGGUUCGUCAAGCUCGCCACAGGAACUAACGCCACAUGCAAAAAGCAGCCCUGUCAUUAUUACCUCACGAACAAAUGGCACUGCUACGUUGCAAAGACACAGUCGCACUACGGCGAUCGCCCAUAGCGAGGCGAAUGAAAUGCUGCGCAAGAAAGAGCGCUCAACAGCGCUUAAUAUGCCACGACGAGAUUAUGAUAACCGCGUCUCUCCAUUGGUCAAGCAACAGCCGGUCAUCGUAAUAACCAUUGAUCCCCAGAAGGCUAACAGCUCUGAACAUCGUGAUGUCAGCGUUCCUACUUCAAGCACGAUGGUUCGGCGCAAUGUUACAAAACGCGAAGCCAUUAGGAGAGAACGCUUCGCCACUACACCGCUUACGCGAAAGUUGGAAAACUAUUUUCCGACGACAUCGUUUUUGAUACGUUCGCGAAGUUACGUCGCGGAUACUAGUGCGCGACGUCAUUUUAGCGUUGAUACGCCGUCGCUAAGUUUACAGGACACCACGGCUUCCACCGCUCAUAAUUUCACGGUGAUGACUAAAAGGAACAACAACGCGCACGAUAAUUUUGUAGAGAAACGUAGUAAAGGCCACAGCUCAUGACGUCCCAUUUAGGUGCCUAUCAUCGCCGAUAGCUUUACGCGUUUGAGUUAAAAAUGGACUGAAUUGUGUGGUGAAAAACACGAGAAAAGAAGAGCGGAGGGAGAAUGGAGCAUGAUUUUUCCUACUGGUACAAUCGCUACCAGAACUGCUUUUGAGGCAAACUUUUAUAGGUGAUAUACUCAGAUAUGUAUUGGAAUAAACGCACUGUUUCAGGCCUUAAUUAUCUGACUAUUAACUGCAUACUGACUAAGGCAAAAGCUGAUUACAUUAUUUAUCACUUCGUCAUUACGCGCGUAAUUUCUUAGUUUGCCUGUGUUGAUCGCACGGCUUUGGCGCUCCCUUUCAAAAUUUUCUGGUAGGCGUUUCUUCCGCGAGAGUAGAGCGGACGCGAUGGAAUAAUGUUUUAAUUGGUAAGCAUUCAUUGGCGGGUACCCCGCCAAUCUCGGUCUGUCACGCGAAAGAGGUAAUGUCUUGUAAAUGCACAAAAAUGCCUAAUUUGCGAAGACAUUUAUUCGCCAUAAUAGAGUAUAUGUAGAUUAUUGGUAGCUUUAAAGCGAUAAGGAACAAUUUAUACAAAAAAUAUAAAAUUGAUCAGAGAAAAUACCCUUACGAGUACACAGGGCUCCAUAGAAUAUGCAUGGGGAAGACUAUA